GUCGGCGCUGCGCGGGGCCCCGCCGCGGCCGCCUCGCGCGGAGGAGGAGGAAGAAGAGGAGGAGGGGGAAGAAGGCGGUGGCGGCGCGGGGCGACCGCGACCGCGGCCAUGAGCUGCUCGGACGUGGCCAUGCAGCAGCCCGGCACGGCGGCGUGCGGCGUGCCCCGCUACGUGGGCCCGCCCGCGAGGGGCUGCCCGCAGAAAUUAGCUGUAUACAACAAGAUGCAGGAGUCUCUGGAAGUGACCCUUCCCAGCAAGCAAGAAGAGGAUGAGAAGGAUCAGCCAGCUGAGAUGGAGUACCUGAACUCUCGCUGCGUCCUUUUCACCUACUUCCAGGGAGACAUUGGUUCAGUAGUGGAUGAACACUUCUCAAGAGCCUUGAGCCAAGCCAGUAGCUUCAACCCAGAAACCGCCCUUACCAAGAGCAAGGCAGGGCUAAGUCCUUUGUGGAGAGAAAACUCAACAAUAUCAAGCCAAAGGAGCAGUUUCCCAACUUCGUUUUGGACCAGCUCUUAUCAGCCUCCCCCACCACCAUGCUUAAGUGGAGUACACCCCGAUUUCCCCAUUACUGCACCAGGCACCUUCCCAACACCAGAUCCCAGCAGCUGGCCAGGACACAGCCUUCAUCAGACUCCACCUCCUCCUCCCCCUGCUGCAACUGAAUCCUGGCAUUAUCCUUUAGCAUCUCAGGUGAGCCCUUCAUAUGCACACAUGCAUGACGUGUACAUGCAUCGCCAUCACCCUCAUCCACACAUGCACCAUCACCAUCCCAGUUCGCACCGCGACCCCCGCUACGGGUCUCUGCUGAUGCCUUCAGUACGUGCAGCCAGGAUUCCUGCUCCUCAGUGUGACGUGACUAAGACAGAUCCUGCUGCUGUCACCAGCGCUACCUCAGCAUGGGCUGGAGCCUUUCAUGGAACGGUGGACAUUGUGCCAAGUUUUGGGUUUGAUGCAGGUCUACAGCAUCAGGACAAGAGCAAGGAUUCUUCUUGGUUUUGAAGUCCAGAUAUAACUUAAGACCAGCUAGAGCUGGAGUCAGUGCAGCUUGGCGGGUGACAUAACCAUCGCUGACUCUUUUGCAUGGGGCAAAGGACACAAGUGAAGAAGAAGAGCCAACCAUUCUCGUUUUGCUAUUGAGCCUUUUAAUUGCAAGGCCACUUAUGGGUCCCACAGUGUUGGAAAAUGAACAACAGAAAAACAAACUCGCUUUUCUUUCUUUCCUCAUCUGAGCCUGCUGCAGCUGGGCAACCUAACUCCUUUCUGCUCCUUUAACAGUGUUUUGUUUCGUUCAGCUUGAUAUCUUUAUGAACAGUCUCAAAUGUCGGGAAGAAGACUCCCCUGACUGCAGUGCGCCUCCUUUCAGGAAUACAUUAUUUUGUAGCUCUUUGUGCAUCUAUUUUUGUAGAAAUACAGAAAGUUUGGUUAAGGAUUGAUGGGCUAUUUUAGGAUGGCAUAUUUUUUUAAAAAAAAUUGUAAAAAUUGUUAAGUUCUGUUUAAAGAACUUGCUCUCAGAGAAGCACUGGCAAAAAUGUAUAAAAUGCUAUUUUUAGAUGUCUGUGAUGUGUUUGUGCAUUUUGUUUUUGUUUUGUUUUGUUACCUCAAGUGUCUAUCUUUCCCUACUUUUUAAAGAGCUAAACCUUCCUUGUUUCCACAUUGCUAGAUCUUGAUGCUUUUGUCCUUUUGUUCUAGUUUAAGCAAGUAUAAUUCGCACCUAAAGUUUCAGCCAAAUAUUUUUCCUGCUGGUGUUAGAUUCUAGUAAGGGUGUUUUUGUUCUUGUUUCUAAAGAUGGCUUUGUGCUGUGCUGUCAGAAACUUGCAAAUGCCUUUAGCAUGGAUCAUAGGGUUGCAGGAACUGCAUUUCCAACCCAUCCCGUCUUUCAAAAUGGACCAAAUACUUUCACGGAUUUGAAUCAGACUUGAGUUUGGACCUCAUCUGUGAUCCAUGGAGGCUGAUGAAUGCAGUUGUCUAUGAGUUACACUUCAGGCUCUCGUAGUAAUCAUAAUUACCAGAAUAUUCUUAUUUUAACUCAUGAGGCAAGACUUUCAGCUAAGCUAUUUUGAGGGUUUUAACUUGUAACAUGAAUGUUUAGGAAAGAAAUGUCACUUUCAUAAAAAUGUAUGACUUGCAGAAACAAAAUGUUUUUCAACUGGCCUGAUCUGUCUGCUGAGGACCUCAUGGGAAAUGCUGAAACAUUCAGCUGCUGUUGACUUCAAAAUCUGGUUGUCUAACCCAAGGUUUGCUGGGGGCGUUAUUGGUUCCAGCUACUGCUCUUGAAUUUUGUAAGAAGUUGCACAUGCUCAGCACGCACAAAAGCUGGGCUUUGUCGCUGUCAGGGUAAAAAUCUGAACUGGGAAGUGACAUGGCCAUGUCUAGUCACAGCACAUUGCAAAAUGUAAGAGGAGCCACAUUUCUGGCCUUGGGUCUUGGGUCUGACUUGCUUUCUAAUGACUUCUGUUGAAGCCAAGAACAUGAUCCAAUCUUGAAUAAGGGCUGCAAGGUUGCCCUCAACAGUCCCACUCCUGUGAUGGCAUUGUCUAGUCCUAGUAACUCCAGCGAGUGACAGUAUGUGUUUAGCUGGGCACAGGAUCAGGGUUGCCAAAUCCUGGAUAUUGCUUGGAAAUGUUGCCUUUCUGCUCUGUAUACCUUCAGUGAAGGAAUACACUGGGGAUCCCUCUGUAACAUUUCCCAAGGCUCUCAUAACCUAUUGUAUUUCUGUUACUAUAGUUUUUAGGCAUCCCUGUCAAAAAGACAAACCAUCUACAUGGAAACCAAGACCUAAGCAUAAGACUGACAUAAGAAACAGUAUAACUUUAAGUCAGUGAGUAUUGUGAAUGUAAGUUUGUCAGGUGGACACCACAUGGAUGUGUGUGUGAAAGGGGAGGGGGAAUGUUGGGAUGUGCCUGCCAGUCUGAAAUUCAGGCCUUCUACCCUUGUACUGCUUUUUCUCUCCAAGCUUUUGAACUUGAUCCUAUGAGGUGUUGAGUUCUCCCUUGACAUAAGAGAGGGCUUGACAUGCUGACAUUGUGGGCAGUAGGAUUAUAUCACAAUUUGAGAAAAUCUUUAAACGUGAACCUUACUGAUUUGAGGUUUCAGGCAGUGUUAAAAUGCUGAAUUGACUACUCUUAUAGGUUACUUAAAAAUAAUAGGGCUAGAGUGUCUAUGUUGGGAUGCUAAAUUAAUGCUGUUCUCCCCCUUUUGCACCUCUUAUCUUUAUAUUCUAUCAAUAUUUCUUCCUUUUAUUGAGUUUUACUCUCGGGAGAGUUCUGUAUAUCAUUGCUGUUCUGGUUGAGCUAGCUCCUAAGUUGGUCAAUGAAUUAGUUACAGAUUGGGAAAACUGCAUGGAAAGGAAGGUAUCAAAAACCUCCACGAUGUGUUUAUCAGGGCAGAAUCAUUCAGGAAAUACGAGUUCCUGACGUAAAUUUAGAAUUAGGAAUUCUUACAGUAUUAGAGAUACUGAGGAAAAAAAAAUCCAAGUAUUUUCUUUUUUUUCCUCCCAGUCUUGGUAAAGCUGGAAGGCAGAGGCAAAAUUUCACAAGGGAAACAAUGAGGAAAGUUGUAAUUUAGGUCUUUGAACAUCAGAGUUGGAGGGUUUAGGGCAGAAGAGAGCAAAGCAGUAUUUCUUUUUGAGAUGUGAUAUGUUUGACUUCCUGAAACAGUUUAGUUAAUGUCUAAGAAGAGCAGUCACUUCAUUGCCUUCCUCUUUGCAAGUUCAAAUGAUGAAGGAUCUCCUCCUGCUGCCUGUAGUUGUCAAAGAGGAUUGGGACAGGAACAGUCAAGUCAGGAGUUUGCACUGGAAUUUCUUUCUUGACUAUUUUGUUGAGUUAAUGGGUAGAAGACAUGGGUAUGUGGUGAAUCUGUUGCCACUUUCCUCAGGGAGUGCUGUUAUGUGCACCGUUUCCCCAGCUGAACUUGUGAAUGUUCUUACAGAACUUGUGUUACUCUGCAGGCUUUAGGAGACAAGUGCCAAUAAAAACCUGCUAUCGUCUGUAGCUGUUCACACACCAGUCGGCCAGCUUUGGAAGACACAUAGGUUCAGUUUUUUUCCGCAGUAACAAACAGUCCCCGUACUAACAACUGAGUGGAAAGUAAAAGCCUGAGUACGUAGCAGUAGCCCUGCUCCUAUUCUCUGAUUUGAAGGAUUGGAAAGAAGAAAAAUAUAUUCUUCUCUGUGACAGGUUUUUAAGUUAAAUUGAGCAGAUUUGCUUCUCUCUCACACAUGCGUCUAUGCACGCACAUUUACACUCACAGAAAUGUGCUUAUGAGAAGCAGAUGCUAUGCUAAUACUGCUCUUGAAAGGGGAGAGGAGUGCUUGCUUGCAGUGUUGCACUUAUGGCACAUUGAUGGCAGUGAGAAAGAAAAGGGAAUACUAAGGCUGCUCAUGCUUCCACAGAUAGGAUAAAGGACUCUUAAAAUCAGGUUACGGGCAAGUUAUGUGUCUUAAUGUGUUACUAAAGGAGUUUCAUUUCUGUGUGUGUGUGGUGGAUUCUAAUGCUGUCCCAAGAAAGUGGAUGAUUCAUUUUCUGAGGUCUUAUAAAAACACGAUGUACUCUGUCACUUUUUCUGGGAGAACAUAGGGAAACUAUUGUUUUAUUUCAAGAAAACCUAAACAUUAAAGUCCUUACAGUUAUCCAGGAUUUUAUUUUGUUCCUGGUAAUGUUGAGAAAUCUGCUCUCAGUUUUUGUGUCUUGUUUGCUUGAAGGCAGGGGAUGUUCAACCUGACCACCAGAUUUUGGAAAGCAGAUUCCCAUUUUGUUUCAGCCUAUGCCUGUUUCCAUCCUAAAAAGAUGAUGCAAUACUACAGCUACUAACCACCCAGCAGAUUUUAUUUCUGGAGAGCUGGAUAAUCCAUGCUUGAUGACAGUAAAAUGCACUUUUUUAUGAUUCUUCUACUCGCGAGAUACACAAAUUUGCUCAUCAGCUUUUCUGAUUCCUCUUUUGUAGUGUGAAGUGUUUAGUGAAUGUCAAGAUUCUCUCAAUAUUCUGUUUCUCCUGCCUUGAAACAUGCUUUUGAGGAUUAAUUUCCCAUCACAGCUUUCAGGGAGGCGGGUUGUACACCUCUUGAGAGCAGAGGCUGUAUGAGGGGAGCAUUAUAUUUUCCCCACUGUGCUUAUGAUCACUCACCUUGGCAUGCACCCACCCUUUCUGUUUCCAAUCAAUCAUGUAUGUCUUGCUCUUCUACAUUUCUUUAUGUAUGUGCAUAUAUUUAUAUACAUAUAUAUAUAUAUAUGCACACACACAUUGUUAUACCUAGUACCUUCUUGCCUCCAUUCCUCCCUCAUGCUUCGAAUGCACAUUCUUUGGAAAUAAACUGAAUGACAUUACUAAAUCUCAUCUGACUGUAAAAACAAAAAAAAAAACCAGUAGGUAUUUUAUUGCAUUCUCCGUAACCUCAGGAGUGAAUGGAAUUUUUCCACACUUAAAAAAUAAAUAAAUAAAUAAAAUUAAGAAAGGAAAGGAAAAAAAAAAAAAAGAGAGAGAGAGAGAGAGAGAGAAGACAACCCCUUUCCCCAAACCUUAAUCUUUCAAAAGCCCUGAUUUGUUGUGUGUGUAGAGAUGACCAUGGUGUCAAAGGAGUUAUGCAAAGAGACACAAUAUGUUGCCUUUCAGUAGACAAAUGUAUCUUGUUGAAUGCAAUUAUUUUAAUUCAUUUCAGGUACAAUAUUUUUCUCCGUAUCAAUGGACCAGCAACUUAUGUUUCUUUCAAGCAGUUCAAAAUUACAUAUAUACAUAUAUAUUUUAAACUUGACUUCUGUCUUUAAUAUAUCUGCCUUUGAGCUUUUAAGGGGUAUUUGGAUGAUAAAUAUUGUUUUUGUGUGAAUUUUUUAAAAAGUUGAUGCAUGUUUAUUGGAGCUGAAAUCUCAUGUAAAGCAGGAUGGUAUUUAAAAAUAAAUACUGCUUUUAUAUAUUAGCCCUAUGGGCACAAUCUGACAGCUAUGAUGCAGAAAAGGACCCUUUAAAGACUAAAGGACUCUUGCCUGUGCAAGGUCAGGAGAGGUCUUACAAAGGUUGAGAUGGUAGUUCUGUGAGCAGAACUGAUCUUCUCCAGUAUCGUAUGUAGAUGGUUGGGCAGAUGCUGCACAACACAUUAAAAUUAGACUGUACUUGCAAGUUUACACUCGUACCCUCUUAUGGGAUGAACUAAUUGCCAAAGGGAAUUAAAGAUAUCAAUGGAAACAUUUGUUUUAGCAGCCAUUGGUCAGCACAGUGCCCAUAAUCCUCUGGCUGUUCUUUUUCUGUGGUGUCCAUGACACCAUGGUGGGACCUGUGAUAGCUUGUUUGGAGUUCCCUCUGAACUGCAAGAUGUUUUUAGCUCCCAAUAAACUUAAGUUUAGGGAUGGAGGUGAUUAAAACAUCACAGUUGUUAUGCACCCACACAAAGGCACAAGGCUUCAAGAUAGAUCAGCUGUGUAUCACUGACAGUGGUGUUUUGCAGGCAGGAGCCCUGCUCCUCCUUUCUUCCUCAAAGUCUGUUGAAGUCUUUGAUGGCAUUAAGAUCAUUGGGACCAGCUGUGAAUGCCUAAACUGCAGUCCAUUGUUGGCUGGAACAGAGUGGAUGCCCAGGGUCUGGUCCAACAUUGAUGGACACGUACUGGAAUCCACAUUGAUUCCAGCAAGCUUGGGCUCAGGUAAUUGGCACCUAUAUAUAAUCAAUGUUCAUAGCAGUUGAGGUUUACAGUAAUCUAGUAAAGUAUCUGCAGAACUAUGCUGCACUUUCUCUGCUAACUGUUUGUAGUUAUCAUUUAAAACCAUCAGUCAAGUCAGGGUCCCUCUCCUUCCCCCCUUCAUUCUUAAUCCUGCUACCCUCAAAACCUCCACUGAACAUUCAUCCUUCUCAUCAAAACUGGUGGGAGUCUUUGUAUAAAGAAAAGUGUCACUGUUUUAAUUACUGAAUAAAUAAUUUAAUGUGAAGUUUAUUGUUAUAUUUUUAAUGUAGUAUUUUCAGCUUGGUCUGUAUUUCUCAACAAUUAGCUAAUGCUUUUUUUUUUUUCUUAUUUUUAUUCUUAUGCAACUGAAGAACUCAUAAAUCUCUUUGUAAAUUACAGCAUCCUGAGUUUCUAUUUUUUUUUCAUGAGAUUAAUUUCUACAGCCAAGACUUUGUCUCCUGUUGAAAACAUUUUAAAACAAGUGUCCUAAACUACUGAUUCUCUCCUGAAAU